AAUUAUACCCGGUUAUUUGUCAAAUGUCAAGGGGUUAACCAAACAAAAACUGUUUUGUUUUUUGUUGUGUUUAUACUAGAAAAAACCUGAGUCUUUUUUAGCUUGUUGAAAAAGAAAAGUUACAUCAUGUCAGGGGGAGGAAUGCUUUACGGAGGAGAUGAAAUCGGUGCUUUGGUGUUCGACCCCGGACAUCAUUCUUUGCGAGUGGGCUAUGCCCAAGAAGACACUCCAAAAGCCGAAAUCCCAGCAGUCGUUGGAGUUGCCCCUGAUACCUUAAAAUUGGAGCCCGAAGUUAAACCCGAUGACAGUAAUGUUUCUUCGAACAGUGCUUCGCUCAAGUAUUACAUUGAUACGACAUAUUUACACACACCAAAACCUAGUAUGGAGCUUCACAGUUACAUGAAAGACGGAAUGAUCGAAAAUUGGGACAUGUUCGAAAAAAUAUUGGACUAUUCCUAUGAAAAAAUUAUUCAGUCAGAAUCUCAAUUCCACCCUGUCCUGUUCUCGGAAUCCCCUUGGAACCAGCGCCAGAAAAGGGAAAAGUUGACAGAAUUAUUGUUUGAAAAAUACAAAGUACCUGCAUUCUUCUUGGUUAAAAAUGCAGCUUUGGCAGCAUUUGCUAAUGGAAGAGCUACUGCAUUAGUUAUUGAUAGUGGAGCUACACAUACUUCAGCCGUACCUGUCCUCGAUGGUUACGUCAUUUCAAAUGCAGUUGUCAAAUCGCCCUUGGGUGGAGAUUACCUCAUCCUCAGAGCGAAAGAACUGCUAGAAGGUAUGGGAAUCGAAUUGACGCCUGCUGCUAUGAUCGCAGCCAAAGAAGCAGUCAGGGAUAAAGAGAAACCAAAAUGUACCAAAAAGAAGUUCUCUUUCCAACCGACCAACUCAUGGAUGAAUUACAUGGUGAAAAAAACUGUUCAGGACUUCCAACAGACUGUUCUGCAGGUUUCUGAAUAUCCUUUCGACGAAAAGGCUGCGGCUACAAUUCCUACCGUCCAUUAUGAAUUCCCAUCUGGUUACCACCAAGAUUUUGGAUCUGAACGGUUCAAGCUAGCCGAGGGCCUGUUUGAUCACCCCAUGUUAGGAGCAGGCUACAUAAGUACGAUUUUUCAUUAAUUGGCCUCAAUCGGUACCUUCCAGCAGAUGUGGGUGUCUAUGCAGGAGUAUCAGGAGUGUGGGAAAGCCCAAAUAGACCGAAAGUGUCCUUAAACCAUUUUUUUAUAUUGUAAUUGUUAACAAACUUUCUAUCAAUUCCUCUAUGAUGUAAUGAUUUUGUGCAGAAUAUUUUUACAUAUUGAAAGUGAAUCUAAUAAAGUAGA